CAGCAGUCCACGCAACGCGACCAACCGCCGAACCGGAGGAGCAACGCCAACGACAUGGAUCUCCUCCGCGCCGCGCCCAAAUCCUAGCCUCCUACUCCUAGGGUUCCUUCGUCGCCGGGAGAGGGCGGUCGGUCCGUCGAAUCCCAGCCCCCACCCCACCCCACCCCACCCGCGGAUCCGGCCUCCGGCAUGAGCUCCCCUCAGGACCCCUUCUACAUCGUCCGGGAGGAGAUCCAGGGCUCGAUUGGUAAGCUCCAGACUACUUUCCAUCGCUGGGAGCAAGUUUCUUCAAAUACCGGGGAAUAUGUUCAUCUGACAAAAGAGCUUCUCACCAGCUGUGAAAGCAUUGAGUGGCAGGUGGAUGAGUUGGAAAAGACAAUUUCAGUUGCAUCAAGGGAUCCAGCGUAUUAUGGACUCGAUGAGGUUGAACUCUCCAAACGACGGAACUGGACUGGCUCUGCUCGUAAUCAGAUUGGUACGGUCAGAAGAGCUGUUGAAAAGGGGAAGAGCAAUCCUGCAAUGGCAAGACAUCAGGACCCAAUGGGCACAAGCAGGACUAACCACUAUUCUUCCCAAGACAACGAUGACUAUAUUGCUUCAGAAUCAGAUAGACAGCUUCUCCUCAUGAGGCAGCAGGAUGAUGAACUUGACGAGCUCAGCGCGAGUGUCCAGAGGAUCGGAGGUGUAGGGCUUACCAUACACGAAGAACUGUCUGGACAGGAAAGGAUCCUCAACAACCUAAGCCUGGAGAUGGAAACUACUUCCAACAGGCUUGACUUUGUGCAGAAACGGGUGGCGAUGGUGAUGAAGAAGGCCGGCAUCAAGGGGCAGAUCAUGCUCAUCCUCUUCCUGGUGGUUCUCUUCAUUAUACUCUUCGUUCUGGUCUUCUUGACAUAGCAAUAUAUACUACUCAUAUAGCUAGUGUACCCACUUACGGUAAGUUGUGUAGUAGUAGUAGAAAUAAGUGUACACAUUACCCAUUCUAUUCUACCUGGCGGCUGUGUUCCACGUUUGAAAGAAAAAUCUCUCGUAGUUGUGCCUGUUCUAUCAAGCUUGAGACUAUCAGUUUAGCAUUUCUUA